AUUCAAGAAACCAGAAGAUACACCCUCGUAUCUCCAACACAACUCCCUUCCCUGGCAAAGCGCUGCCUUCUGCCGGAGCUGGUCGGCAGCUGAGAUGGUCCUGGAUUCAUGCGUGAAAUCCCGAGUGUUCAACACGCAAGCUGUGAUCAUUGACAAUGGCUCCGGGCUCUGCAAAGCCGGGAUCUCGGGAGAAGUCGGCCCGCGCCAAGUUAUCGCGUCGGUCCUCGGGAGUCCCCGAACCAAAGUCUCCCUCUCCAGAGCAGGGCAGAAGGAAUGCUAUGUAGGAGAAGAAGCCCAAGAUAAGCGUGAAGUGCUGUCGUUGAAAUACCCCGUCGAGAAUGGUCUCAUCACUUCGUGGGACGAUAUGGAGAAGAUCUGGAAACACAUUUAUGACAAAGGGCUGGGCAUGCGGGCCUUUGAGAGGCCUCUGCUGAUGACGGAGUCACCUCUGAAUCCGAAAGAAGACCGAGCCAAACUCACCCAGCUCAUGUUCGAACGCUUCAAAGUGCCGGCAUUCUACCUUUCCAUCCAAGCCAUCCUCUCUCUCUAUGCCACGGCCCGAUACACCGGGGUCGUCAUGGAUAGCGGCUAUGGGGCAAGCCACGCAGUGCCCGUUUAUGAGGGCUAUUGCUUGCCCCACGCCGUCACCAAGUUGAACGUCGGCGGCCGGGAUGUCACCGAGUGCCUACAGAACCUGCUCCUAGAAAGCAGGAAGUACGUCCGGAACUUUCCGGAAGGGACCAACGUUGUGGAAGACAUCAAAGUGAAGCUGUGCUUUGUGAGUUCCAGCCACGAACAGAGCAGGUCGGAGGCACUCCCGAAGGAGUAUCAACUUCCCGAUGGUCACAAGAUCAGCAUUGGAGAUGCACUCUUCCUUGCACCGGAGAUCCUCUUCACGCCAAGCAACACUGGCAGAUGUGGAGUGGGCCUUCACAAGCUGGUCGCCAAGAGCAUUAAGAAAUGUCACCCCAGCGUCCGCCAGACCCUCUACAGUAACAUUUUGCUCGCGGGGGGAUCGUCUCUCUUCCCAGGGUUAGAUGAGAGGGUCUUUAAGGGGCUGGAGACCCAAGUCCCCCAAGGAGUCCCCAUCAAGGUCAUUGCACCCCCAGACCGGUGGUUCUCAGCAUGGAUCGGGGCCUCCGUUAUCACUUCCCUCAGCACCUUCAAGCAAAUGUGGGUGACAGCUGCCGAUUACCGGGAGUAUGGGCCCAACGUGGUGCAAAGGCGAUGCUUUUAAAGAGGAUCUGAGAGAGCACCUAGAAUGUUAACAACAUAGACCAGCUUCUGCAGCUGCUCCAAAAUAAUGGAACGGCUGAAUAAAGAUGCUUUUAACAACUAAA